CAAAAUUUCAGUUUUUAAUCAAAUAUUUUAUUAUAUUAAACAGAUGCUUCCGACACCUUUGGCAGUUUUAGUCAUGAUACUUUCGGUCUCUUACAGAGGGGAGGCAAUCACCUGCUAUCGAUGCCUGAAUCUCGUAUCAGGAGACGAUGUAUUUCACAAUGGACUUGUUUCUUGUGAGGGUGGAUCGUAUGGAGAAGAAGUAGACUGCCCGAUAAGUCCUUAUUUUCCUUCUUUUGACCAGGGAUGCACGUUCAACGAUGUCACCAUUCGAUUCAUUCUCAAUGGAGAAGAACACACCACCUCGUACCUGUCACGCGAUUGUGCCAUCAUUCCCUCAUCCGACGGUUGUUACACUAUCGAUGAAACACCUGAACCCAUAGAUGGACUGGAUUUAUUAUACCUAGAAAACAAGCACAGCUAUUGUUAUUGCAAUCACAACCUCUGCAAUGGCGACUAUGACGUGAGCAACGCUCCAAACCUUGACCCGGAUGGAACACCAACAGGAAGUGCAGUUGCGACGUCGGCUUCCAAGACCCUUCUACUCUCAGCUCUAGUCGCCAUUGUCUUUGACCAGAUGUAGGAUCCCUUAUAGGGUUUGUUUGUAUCAGUGCAAGGAUAAAAUACAUCAAAUUUAAUCCUAUUCUAUGUUUUUCUUCCUAUGGUGAUAAAAAAAACUAAGUACACAGCAACGCAUCUAACUUUUUUUUUCAUGGCUAACAAUGUUAACUGUACGAAUUGUGUUAUUAGGCAAUUGGUAAAGUAGAUGUAGGGUUUAUUAUAAGAGAUUACAUAUAUACGAUUCAUCUCCAGAAUUUCAAAGGGUUGAUCCGGGACACAGAUUAAAAAGAAGUUAAACAGGCCUUGGGUAAACGAAUAAGAGGACUAGGCUCGUUGAUGACGACUUUCUCACACUAUUUGGCUUGACCAUAAUCUGAGUAAUGAUGGCUUUCAACAAUUGACAGAUGAGAGGAUAUAAAGACAGUAUAUCCAACUCCAUUUUUUUUCUUUUAUUUUAUUUUAUUUGUUUACAUCCGUUUAUGAAAUUGUUGAGUUCUUCUUAUUGAAAUGAAACGUUUAGAAUUGGGAUUAGAAUUAGAGUCUUAUGGAGAACGGAAUAAGAACGGGGAUGUGUUCCCUGAAUAUAUCGUCCAAUAUCUUACAGGAACUGUUAUUAGCGCGAUAGCAGUAAUAAGAGGGAGCUAUUUUUUGUCAAAUUACAGAUUAAGCACCACAUCUUCCUUACUAAUAAACGAUUUCCUCACUGAAGCAUGAUCAAACGUAUUAAAAGAAAAUAUCCCGCUGAAAGCAAUUUAGACAUUUUAGUUUCAUAGUUAAGAGGGUCCCUUAUAUUAAUAUAUGAUCCUUAAAAACAUGAAGAAUAACAACACCCAAGUGGUCAAUCGCCUUUACUUCUUUCCCACUGACGUGAUACCCUUAACGAAAGCCACGAUUGGCCUUUCGUAAAUGAUUGCAAACAAAUUGUUGAACCAAUUAAGAUUUUCUACGAUCAUUACGAUUACCACGACUUAUCUGAUAUGAUCUGAUAAGAUCACUACGAGCGCUCCAAGUCAACCUCAGUAAAUUGUUGAUUUGAAUCAAAAGAGAAAAAUCAGACAAGCAAAAUGCUUAAAAUUUCAUCAAAAUCGGAUGUAAAACAAGAAAGUUAUGACAUUUCAAAGUUACGCUUAAUUUUCACAAAAUAGUUAUAUGAACGAGUCAGUUACAUCCAAAUGAGAGAGUCGAUGAUGUCACUCACUCGCUAUUUCUUUUGUUUUUUAUUGUUUGAAUUAUACAAUAUUUCAAUUUUUACGAAUUUGACAAUUAGGACCUCCUUGCCUGAAUCACAAAAUGUUAAAAUAAUGGAAUUCGAUGUGUUCAGGGAGGAAUGAAACUUUAUUUCACAUGACAAUGACGAGAAAUCAAAAUAUUUCAUAUAAUGAAAUACACAAGAAAUAGUAAGUGAAUGAUGUCAUCAGUUCCCUUAUUUGCAUACCGACCGAGAUGUGCAUAUAACUGUUUUGUGAAAUGAAGCGAAACUUUAAAAUGUCAUAACUUUCUUAUUUUACAUUCGAUUUUGAUGAAAUUUUCAGCGUUAUGCUUGUUGGAUGUUCCUCUUUGUAUUCAAAUCACGGUGGACUUGUCCUUUAAGUACGCCUGACGCAUGGAAUCAGGUAUAAGCAAUAACUGUGUUACGUGUUCAAUACGAGAUUUAAAUUAAAAAACAUGAGCAAUUUGUUUGAAUAAAGUGGGACAACUAAUGUUCUAAUAA